UCGAGAUCAAGAUCAAGAUAAUCAAGAUCAAAAUCACACGAAAAUCGACAUAAACAAGUGGAGGCCCACGCGGUACUCACGCGGUGUGUCCUGUCUUCCAGCUUGUAGUUAUUGUGCAGAUAUGGUAGCAAUUGCUGAUUCUGAUAGUGAAGAGAUGGAGUUCUCAGACAUUGUUGAGAUGGAGGAAGCUGAGGAGGAUUCAGAUGAAGAGCUGCAGAGAAAGUUUGAACGAGGGGAGCUGAAGCCAGGCCUGUACCGAGAAGCUGAGAAGGUGGUGAAGGAACACAAGAACAAUGUGAGUGGCUUGAAAUCUAAACUGGAGCAGUUUCGAUUGGAAUUACCUUGGAUAGAGCGUCUGGACUUUACUUUAGAGGCUGCCCCCAUUGCCCCCGAGCUGAAUGCAGAGAUCAUAGAACAUGGCCAGACAAGAGAGAAGCGGAUGAGGAGCCAGAACAAGUACUUCACCCUGGAGGAUGACCCUGUGCACAAUGACUUUGUGAGGGAAAUGUCCUUCUACAGGCAAGCUCAGUCUACAGUCUUGGAGGGCUACAAGAAGCUGGAAGAACUGAACCUUCCCACAGUACGGCCCUCAGACUACUUUGCUGAAAUGGCUAAGAGUGAUGAACACAUGCAGAAGGUGCGAAAGAGACUGAUGCAGAAGCAGGUUGGACAGCAAAUCAGCGAACGGGUGAAGAAGAUAAGAGAAAUAAAGAAGUAUGGCAAGAAGGUACAGAUUGAAGUGGAGCAGCAGAAACACAAAGAGAAACGAGAGAUGCUUGAAAAAAUCAAGAAGUUCAGAAAGGGCAAGACAGAUUCAAUAGACUUCCUAGAGGGAGGACGUUCCUUACGUGAUGGUGCGGGAGGCAACCGCUCCAAGAAGGAUCUCAAGAAGGCAGCAUUUAAACGAACCUUCAAAGACAAAAAGUAUGGAUUUGGAGGAAAGAAGAGGAACAUUAAGAGGAAUAAUAUCAAGGACACCAAGGAUGAAAGACCUCUGCCCAACAUGAGGAAGCCAAGGGGUGGCAAGGGUGGCAGGGGCGGCAACAAGAAGGGGCCAAUGGGUGCCAAUGUGAGAGGCAAAGGAGGAAAGAGAGGUGGCACCAGGGGUAUGGUCAAUAAAAAUAAGGGUAGGUCACGAAAAUGAGAGUAAAUUUUGUAUUUGUACAUUCAUACAUCAUAAGCAUAAAAGUUGAAGUUGAUUUGCAUCUUACAAUAAACAUAUUACUUCUA